CCAUGCUUCGGGCUCCGCUUUGUCUGAGGGAGGCUCUCGGGUUCCGCGUGCCGCGCCGUGACCCGCUGCCGGGAGCUGUGAGGAGAGCGGGGCGAGCUCGGGAUCCGCGCCAUGGAUGCAGUGACCUAUGAGGAUGUGCAUGUGACCUUCUCUCAGGAAGAGUGGGCUUUGCUAGAUCCUUCUCAGAAGAGUCUCUACAGAGAUGUGAUGCUGGAAACCUACUGGAACCUCACUUCUAUAGGAAUAACACCUGUCGCUGUGGGUACAAGCCAUGUGAGCAUAAGGGAUAUGGAAAGAAGCAGUGUACCUUUGCAUGGGACAAUUUUCUUCAAAUAUUUGAAAGAAUCCGCUCUGAAGAUGAACCCUAUGAAUGUUAUCAGUGCAGUAAAAUCUUUACAAAUGUCCGCAGUCUUCGAAAACAUGAAAAAAAUCAUACCAGAGAAAAACCCUAUGAAUGUAAUCACUGUGGUAAAGCCUUUCCGACGUUUGCACGUGUCAGUAAUCUUCAAAUACACAAAAGAAGUCAUACAGGAGAGAAACCCUAUGACUGCCCGGAAUGUGGUAAAGCCUUUGCGUGUCGCAGUCACCUUCAAAUACACAAAAGAAGCCACACAGGAGAGAAACCGUACGAUUGCAAUGAGUGUGGUAAAGCCUUUGCAACUCGCAGUCGUCUUCAAAAACACGAAAAAACUCACACUGGAGAGAAGCCUUAUGGAUGUAAUCUGUGUGGCAAAGCCUUUGCAGGCCGCAGUCAUCUUCAAAUACAUGAAAGAAGCCAUACUGGAGAGAAACCAUAUGAAUGUACUCAAUGUGGAAAAGCCUUUGCAUAUAACAGUGAUCUCCACAGGCAUGAAAUAAUUCAUACUGGAGAGAAACCCUAUGUAUGUAAUCAGUGUGGUAAAGCCUUUGCAAGUCGUAGUAGUCUUCGAAAUCAUGAAGAGCACCAUACUCUUGAGAAACCAUAUGAAUGUACUCAGUGUGGUAAAGCCUUUGCAUA